UGGUUGGAGACUGCAAGCAAGCACAGAGAUGCCGGUGCGACCUUAUCGUUAAUCAAACUAGAUGUGCGUUCGAUUUUGCCUCAAGUUUCAGCAAACGAAUAACAGAGUUGUAGGAUAAGAUAUGCGAUCGCUAUUUGGUAGAUAGUGCUGCGUGAAACAGCACAAACGGUUGCAGUAACAAGAUCGUCCGCCGAUUUCGCUGGUGUUCGCUGUCAUGUGAUGAAGCAGAAACUAUUUAUUGCCUCCGCAUGCAAGUCGGUGUAAGUUUUAUUACUUUCGAAUUCCGAAGAUUUUUGCACGCCCUGGAUCAUUCUUUGUCCCAGUAGUGCUCAAGAUGGCGGAGUUCAACGAUAUGCCCAAUGAGAUACUGGAGCAUAUAUUUAGCUACUUGCAUUUCUAUGCGCGCUGCAACCUAUCGCUCGUCUGCCAACGUUGGAACGCAGUGCUGUUUUCGGACCGUUAUCUCAACCGCAAUGUAGUCAUGCACCUGAACGGCAAGCGCUUAUUGACAAAACAACCAAUUUCUCGAAACUAUCGUAAUUUCUCGAUCAGUAUGGAUCCUUCCCUUUUGACCCCUGAGUGCAUUAAGAGCGUACGCAUGAUACCAUCGGUUUUUCCUUCGCCAACGCACGUCGAACUACACUAUGCUGCCCAGAAUGAUGUCAACUUUAUGGCCAUAUACACGGAGCAGCUAAUCAAUUUCCGUACAAUAGAAACAUUGUUUCUUUUCGGAACCAUGUCCAAAUACCUGAUCAAACUACCGACCGCGCGCAAGGAGGAAAAAGUGCAGUUCGAAACGGACAGGCUGCACACCUUGAAUAUAAAUGUGGGUGUUAUCGAAAACGUACGUUUCGUCGCACCGAAUCUUCGCCAUUUGCAUUUGGCCGUGCACAGCAAGGAACAUCUGGAUUUUUUGUUGGAAUUCAUGGACCAACUGCACUCGCUUGUAAUCAAGUUUUUUUCGAAGGAGGUGUUCUAUUUUUACAGUCUAAAGCUGAGCAACCUGCGCCAUCUAUCGAUCGAUAGGUGGGAAAAAGCGAUGACCAAAAGUGAACAAAGCAUCAGCAUAGGAUUUUUCAAGCGUUGCGUACGCCUCGAGAGCCUUGAGAUGUUCUUCAAAUUCAUCGACAGCUUUGUGCUGCAUUCGAUUGCUGCGAAUCUAACGCAGCUCGUCGAGCUGAAGCUCGUGGUGCAGGAGGGUACGAUUCAGAUGUGGCAUAUUUCAACACUGAACGAACUCCAGCGCCUACGAAUCACCGCAAGACACGUCUAUCUGCAUAACCUGCAGCUUCCAGCUCUCCAGUCGCUAAAAAUUGGUUCGAAGAAAGGGGCAAGACUAGAAGGUAUUGAGUGCUUGAUGGCAUUCACUCGGUUGCGCACGCUGACCCUAGUAAACGUUAAACUUUAUCCGGAAGUGCAACAGCUCACCCCAACGUACAGUGUCGAACGGAUGGUUCUAGCACAUUACGAUAAGCUGGAUGAUAACCAUCUACUGAUGCUCGUCAAGCGGUUCCCGGCGCUACGUUGGCUUCACAUUAAGAAAUGUCACGGAAUAGACCAGCGGGAACUCGAUAAGCUGAAGCGAAUGCUCCCAAAACUAGCAGUUGCCUACGAUCUCCCUCCGUCAAUUGGACCGUGGUAUCACGGUGUACAAGACAGGAAGACCCACAAAAUGAACUAUACAUUUAAACCAAGAGUGUAAAAGUAACUUCACAUUCAUUUUGUUCGGCAUCGCCUUGUAGCUGUUGCCUUAUAUAAGAGAUGCCUUAUUGGUUAUGUGAUAGCAUCGAUCGCUGAACAGGCGGCUGUUGGAAACGAAAAGAGAAAAAUAUUUCAUGAUAUAGAUUUCCCAAAUUUCAUGAGCGAUCACAUGAAGAAAGUUGCAGAUGGGGAAGCUAGGUUAGUGUCUGAGGACCUAAAGAAAAGUAAUUUAUUGCCAAUCGAUACAAACGGUUCAAUCCACGUAGGAAGUAAGGGCAUAUUAAAAUAAUUUUUAUAAAUAUUUUAUCUUUUCUACUAUUAUUAAUACAUAUAUUGAAAAGUUAACAAUCAAAUUCUUCUAAAAGAUAUGGAAAAAGAGCUCAGUGCCAAGAAGUGAAAUGCAUUAACUGUAAUCAAUUAAUCAAAAUGCGCAGGUGCAUAUAAGCCAUACAAGCAAUUAAAGUAUUAAAAAUGGAAACAAGGUUUUCAUGCAUGUUCAAAUGUUUUUUUUUUUAUAAAUCAUUUAACUAUUUUACUCUUUUUUAAAUAGAUGUAUUGAAAUAUUAGGAAUACUAUUUACAAAGUAAAGCAAAAGCUAACUAACAAUGCGCAUUUUUCUGUGCCGCGCCGGUGUAAACUUCCUCAUCGCAGUCUCGAGAAUCGUCUUGUAAUAACUAGAAAUGACAUAUAUUAAUGUCGUUUUGGAAUCCAUUGUUCCUUCUACGUUAUUAUGAAGAGGAAUUAACUGUAAUCGUACAUUUAAAGCAUGUAUUUUUUCGGAUGUAUUAUUUAACAGAAAUAGGAGUGUUAUCAUGUCCGUAAAAGCCGAAAUCAUGUCGUAACUAUUUUGUAAUGAUCUUCAAAACGUUGCUUAUAUUAUACUACAGCCAGUUAUCAGACAAAUGUUUAUUAAAUAAACGAACAAAAAAAUACAA